AUGGGACCGGAAGCAUUGGAGUAUGACACCGAAGGUACUGAUUUGGGUAACAAAUACAAGGAAGACAAGCCAUUGGAGUCAUAUGACGAAGACAACAAGCUUACUAUUGACUAUUUACUAGGAUUGAAGACAUGCACAGGAAAGAUUGGUGCGACUGGUAUGUGUCUUGGAGGCCAUGUUGCGUUCCGUGCUGCUUUUGAUAAGAGAGUAGGAGCGGUGGUAACUUUCUUUGGUACCGACAUCCACUCCAGUACUCUCGGUACAACGUCCAACAGUCAAUUGCACUCCCUGAACAGAAUUCCAGAGAUUGAAGCAGAGUUGCUAGUUAUUUUUGGUACCAAAGACCCCCAUGUACCUCCAGAGGGUCGGGAUUUGAUCCGUUCCAAGCUCCGUCAGAGCAAUAUUGAAUUCUCGUUUCUCGAAGUUGCUGGUGCUCAACAUGCCUUUGUUAGAGACGAGUUCUCUAAGGGUCGAUUUGAUCCUGCUGUAACCAGCAUUGGCCUUAACAUGUUACUUGAGUUGUUUAACCGUAGACUCAAGCUAGACCUUGGACCCAAGGGAGAAGCUGGCAAGGUUGAGAAUGUAUGUUGA